AUGGUCAAGUACGUGCUGGACCGCCAACCUCCCACUUCUGUUUUCGCUUUUGCAUCCCACCUACUUCUCGAAACCGUGUCUUGGGUAGCCACUUCUGCGCCGCCGUCAUGGCUUCCCGGUCUCGAUCUCGGUCUCGAUCCCAAACUCCCUCACGGGGCCGUCGCCGCUCGUGGUCGCGUUCUCCAACACCUCGAUCUGCUGAUUCUCGAUCCCCCGACAGGCGUCGCCGUUUUGAUUCUCGGUCACCUUCGAGGCAGGGCAGCCGCACCCCGCCCCCUUCCCGACGCAACGGCAGACACAGAAGCGAUAGCCGCAGUCGGAGUCGAGGCCGUGGAAGGAGCAAUAGCAGGGAUCGUUGUAGAGAGACUCUCCAAGAACAUCAACGAGAGCCACUUGCACGAAAUCUUCGGAGAGUUCGGUCCGAUCAAGGACCUCGAUCUCCCCAUCAACAGGACUUGUAAGCAGAUACGCUCCUUUAUGGAGUGGCAAUUCGAUCCAUUGCUGAUCGUCGGUGCUUUGCUGACCCGUCCCCCACAUGCAGUCGGAACCAAUCGAGGCACAGCCUACAUUCUCUAUGAUUACGAAGGUGAUGCGGAAGCCGCCAUUGCUCAUAUGCACGAGGCUCAAGUCGACGGUGCUACCAUCAACGUGUCCAUUGUCUUACCACGAAGGAAGCUAUCCCCGGCGCCUCCAAUGGCGAGACGUGGUGCAAAUAUUGACCCCCGAGUCCCAUUUGGAGCUGGACGUGGAGGAGGUGCUCACGGGAGUGGCGAAGUGGCGGAGGACGACGGCGUCACUCCCCACCGCCAGGCCGAUAUAAUCAUAGAUCAGAUGUUUACCGGCCAUCAUCGCGCUCACCUUCAAAAUCGCAGAUGGGAAGGCCCGGAUCUUCCAGGGGUGGAGGAAGCCGGUAUCGCAGCCGCUCCCGAAACUCUUUCUCUUCUAGGUCGAGGUCCCGGUCACCCACGUCCAGACGACGAGGCGGGGGCCGCCGCGACGUAG